AUGGCAUUUGUUAGAUUUUUGAUCCCCUGCUUUGUGUUCGGCACUGAUAUUGCUUUCUCUUGCCAGAAUACUGAUGACCUUGUGGGAGCCAGUUCGCCGGGGGACAUUGUUAUUGGAGGAUUGUUUGCAGUUCAUAAUGAAAUGAUGCAUCCAGAAGAGCACCCCAUCAAGCCAGUCAUUCAGAAUUGUGCUGGCUUUGAAAUUCAAAUUUUUCUUCAGACACUUGCAAUGAUACAUGCUAUCGAAAUUAUCAACAACUCAACGCUGCUCCCAGGAGUUACUCUGGGCUAUGAAAUCUAUGACACAUGUGCAGAAGUUACAAAAGCCAUGGCGUCUGCUCUGAGGUUUCUGUCUAAAUCAAAUUCUUCUGAGGAUGUUGUGGAGUUCAAGUGUAACUAUUCAGACUACAUCCCGAGAAUUAAGGCUGUCACUGGAGCCACCUACUCAGAGGUGUCGAUGGCAGUUUCGAGACUGUUGGCUUUGCAACUAAUCCCACAGGUCAGUCCUGCAUCAUCAGCUGAAAUCCUCAGUGACAAAAUCCGGUUUCCUUCUUUCUUCAGGACUAUCCCCAGUGAUUUUCAUCAGACAAAAGCAAUGGCCCACUUGAUCUGUGAGUCGGGGUGGAAUUGGAUUGGAGUAAUAGCCACUGAUGAUGACAAUGGGCGGCUCGCUGUGGAGAGCUUUGGGGUCCAGGCCAUGGCAAACAAUGUUUGCAUAGCUUUUAAAGAAAUGCUGCCUGCCUACCUCUCUGACAAUACCUUUCACACCAAAGUUGAUCAUGCAGUUGAGAAGAUUGUCAAGGAAACCAGAGUAAAUGUUAUUGUUGUCUUUAUGAGACAGUUCCACGUGCUCAAACUGUUUAAGAAGGCAAUUGAGAGGAACGUAAAUAAAAUCUGGAUUGCAAGUGAUAACUGGUCAUCUGCAGUAAAAAUCAGUACAAUUCCCAAUAUCAGACAGCUGGGAACCAUUGUGGGAUUUGGAUUUAAAAGCAGAGACAUCUCUGCUUUUGAAGACUUUCUAAGAAACCUUCAUAAAAUGUCCACUGACAACAACAAGUUUUUACGUGAAUAUAUUAUGCUUUUGUCAGUCUGUGCACACCUGGAAUAUUAUGAUUUUCAAGCAUGCAUUUCAAACCAGUCCCAAGAUGAUCUACUGCAAAAUGUUGAGAAUAAACAUCAGAUCUGGAAAGAUGAUUUUUUGAGUGCUAACAUUGAACCAGGAUUUAUUCAUAGUACUGUACUUGCAGUCUAUACCAUUGCUUAUGCCAUUAAAGGGCUAUGCAAAAACAGAAACUGCAAGGAUCCCUCUGCCUUCACUCCGUGGGAGCUCCUUGAAGAACUUAAAAAUGUUACAGUCAUUUAUGAUGAUAAAGAAAUCAGGUUUGACUCCAAUGGAGACAUGAGCACCAGUUAUGAUGUAUUUCUUUGGAAAGAAAUUGAUGGCCACAUGAAAAUCACCACUAUGGCAGAAUAUGACCCACAGAAAGGCAACUUUAUCUUUGAGGAUGAAGAGAGAAAAAAGGCAUUUCUGGAUUUAAAGAAGGUUCAAUCAACAUGCUCCCAGCACUGCACACCAGGACAGAUGAAAAAGGUUACAGGAAGUCCACACACGUGCUGCUAUGAGUGUGUUUACUGCCCAGAAAACCAUUACAGCAAUCAAACAGAUAUGGAUUACUGUUACCAAUGUGACAACAAAACCUACUGGGCUCCCAUCAAUAGUAGUACAUGCUACAGCAAGACAAUCCUUUUCCUCGCAUGGACUGACUGGUUUGCUAUUUUCCUCCUCCUCCUCUCAGCUUUUGGGGUUGUGUUGGUUUUGUCAAUUAGUAUAAUAUUCACUAAGAACUUGAGCACGCCAGUUGUAAAAGCAUCUGGAGGUCUAACUGUCUGCUACAUUAUUCUCUUCAGCCACUUCUUAAUUUUUUUAAGCACCACCUUCUUCAUAGAUGAACCCACAGAAUUCAAGUGUAAAACUAGGCAAGCCCUCUUUGGCAUAAGUUUUGCACUCUGCAUAUCAUGCAUUUUAAUCAAGUCACUAAAAAUUCUACUAGCCUUCAGCUUUGAUCCCAAGCUGCAGAAUUUCCUAAAAUGUAUGUAUAAACCUGUUCCCAUUGUGGUCACCUGCACUGGAAUUCAAGUUAUCAUUUGCACCUUCUGGCUGAUAUUUAGGACACCUUUUGUAAAGCAAAAUUUCUCAAUCUCAAGAGCAAUAAUUCUGGAGUGCAAUGAGGGCUCUGUUUUGGCUUUUGGGAUUAUGUUGGGCUACAUCGCUGCCCUAGCCUUCAUUUGCUUCAUAUUUGCCUUUAAAGGUAGGAAGUUGCCAGAGAACUACAAUGAAGCUAAAUUUAUCACCUUUGGCAUGCUAAUUUACUUUAUAGCGUGGAUUGUAUUUAUCCCUGUCUAUGCAACUACAUUUGGCAAAUACCUGCCAGCAGUGGAAAUCAUUGUUGUUUUAAUAUCCAAUUACGGAAUCCUCUGCUGCAUGUUUCUUCCAAAGUGCUAUAUCAUCAUUUACAAGCAAGAAACAAACACAAAAUCAGCCUUUCUCAAAAUGAUUUAUACGUAUUCCUCCAAGAGUGCAAGCAGUGUUGCUGUUAGUCAGAUUUCUUUGGAUUCAAAGUCUUCCAGCUCCCAAGCUACUGUCUCAGACUCAUGUAAAUCUCAGCAAAACUCUGUGAAUGGAAAUGGCCAUUUCCAAGUGCCUGGACAGACGCUAAGAAGAGGGAAGGCUCUUCAUAAAAAUGCUGUAAGGACUAUGGCCAGGAAAAGACUCUCCAGCAUAUGA